UAAAUUGGUGAAAAACGAGAAGCGAUAUAUAAAUUUCAAUGAGUAAUUUACAAAAUAGUGGUAGUAAGAGACAAUUGCGCUUUCGUGGCGACUUAAACAAUCGAAUUGAGGAACUUCAUCAUGAAGAUCAGCAAAGGCAACCCCACAGUCAAAGCCUUGGCGCAGAGCGUCGCAGCACCACUAAAUUAAGCCAACAACACCAGCAACAACAACAGCAAAAACCGAAGCAGCUCCAGGAUGAGCUGUAUACAACAUCAACAUCUGGUGGGCCCACCACAUCAGAGGUUAACACUUUCUAUGACUUCUUCAAAGUUGAACUGACACGAGGCUAUAUGUUGGAGCACGAUGAGGAGCGCUACUCGGCACGGCGUCAAAAAAUCUAUAGUUUUAUGCGCAUACCGCGCGAUCUGGAACGCUUCAUGGUGUAUGGGAUAAUGCAGUGUGCCGACUCCUUUCUCUAUAUACACACCUUCCUGCCCGUACGCUUUCUGCUGGCCGUCUGGAGCCUCCUAACCCGCACAAUAGCACGCAUUUGUCGGCUAAGGAGCAGUGGACAGCGGUUGCUUUCGCCAGCGGAAAUUUGCGACCUUUUGAAGGGCGCCAUUUGGGUGGCGGUGACUUUAGUAAUGCUGCUUGUGGAUACGAAUCGCGUUUAUCACAUCAUUAAGUCUCAAUCGAUCAUAAAACUGUAUAUAUUCUACAAUAUGCUGGAGGUAGGGGAUCGUCUGUUGUCGGCAUUUGGACAGGACACCAUCGAUGCCUUGUUCUGGACAGCAACGGAGCCAAAACAUUCGAAACGCGAACAUUUUGGCGUGGUGACGCACAUCCUCUUCACACUCAUUUAUGUGGUACUGCACAGUGGUUUGAUUAUGUUCCAGGCCACCUGUUUGAAUGUGGCUGUGAAUUCAAAUAACAAGGGCCUGCUGACCAUUAUGAUAUCGAAUAACUUCGUCGAGCUAAAGGGCUCCGUUUUCAAGAAGUUCGACAAGAAUAAUCUUUUUCAAUUGACUUGCAGCGAUGUGCGCGAGCGUUUCCAUCUCUCCGUGCUGCUGUUUAUUGUCAUGAUACAGACCAUGAAGGAGUUCGAUUGGUCGCUGACGCAAUUCUGUGUAAUGUUGCCCGACUGUUUUGCCGUACUGUUCACUGAAAUACUUAUCGACUGGGUGAAGCAUGCGUUCAUUACACGCUUCAAUGAGCUGCCCGAGAGCAUUUAUCGUGAGUAUACGACGAGUCUGGCCUACGAUAUGACGCAGACGCGUCAGAAGCAUGCCUUUUCGGAUCACUCGGAUUUGGUGGCGCGUCGCAUGGGCUUCAUACCUUUUCCAUUGGCUGUGGUGCUGAUCAAGGCCAUUUAUACCGCUGUAUCGUUUCACAACUUGGCUGCCUGGCUGCUAAUUUUCCUGGCCUAUCUAUUUGCGCUGGGACUACGCAUUUGUUUGACUAUCUGCGCCUUGGGCAAGGCCUGCAAACUGAUGAAGGAACACCAGACGGAGCGAAACAGUUCCACACCCAGCAGCAUGACUAAUGUGCCAACUAUUGGUUUGGCUACCUCAGGCACAGCUCAAUACAGUACCAACAAUAACAAUAAUAUUAAUAAUAACAAUGCUGCGGCUUCAAAACCCACAAUAACUACGGCUUCAACUACGUCAACAAAUUUAUCCUCGCCUUCCACUUCACCACUGGACUUGCAUUUAAGUUUUUCACGUUCCAGCAACGCCACAGCCACCUCCACUCCCAAAAAGGGGAAUAUCGAAGUGGAGCUGGAUGUGACAAAUUCAUUGGAAUUAGGCGCCACAGCUUUGUUCUCCAACAGCGAUGUGGAUUUGGACGAUGUGUGCCUUAAUGAGAAUGUCACAAAUGCUGGUGCUGGCACAGCCACUCAGGAACUGUACCAGGAGGAGGAGUUGGUGCGCAGCGAACCCGAUCUGAUGCAGCUUAGCGAUGGAAACGCUGGAGGCGAGCGAGAGAAAUUUGCAAGCAGUGCAAGCGCACAGCAGGAGCGCCUCAAACGUUUGCCCAAACGCACGCACAAACGUUCCGAAUCCGAGCCCGGAAUGCAGUCUAUUGUGGCAGCGGCAGCAGCGAUCGCCGCUGAGAAAAUCAGCGCGACACCAACGCAGUUGUGAGAAUAUAUUGAUGGACAAAAAGACAAUCUUUGUAGAGAGAUAGGCGACGCUUGUGUAGAUCGUCGAUCUCAAUUGCUAUGAGACUUUUUAAGACUAGCCUUAAUGCAGAUGUGAUUGUGCUACUUAAAAAAUAGGGGGACAAUUUAGAAGUUGCAUCGAAUUUUAUACGUAUGUAUUGGAUUUUAUAAAGAUAAGUCACAAAUGGGUUUUUUGAGGUCCUAAAGUUUAAUAUUCAUAGACACGACAAUUGUUUUAAGCUUUCAUUAAAAAAAAAACUAUUCAAACAUUGCUCAAAUUCCACCUAAUUUUAAUUCAUAUAUUUCAAGCACUUCA